CUCAUAAUUCUCUUUUCUUUUGUCCAAGUCUGAUCAUUGAGUCCACUUGGUUAAUGAGGGACACCAGCUAAGUCUUCUCUUCUUUUAGCUUCUCACACAUCUGAAUAUAGAAAAGAGCUUUACACAUUUACCCUGAAACCAUGAAAGAAGAUAAAGCUUUGUCCUUUUUCUCUUUUUCCACUUCUUUACUGAAACAAUGUCUUUCUCCAAGUUUUCCCAUUGCAACCACUGGGUUUGGCUCAUCUUGUCGUCUUGCGUCUUAAUUUGUUUCAGUAAGAGAAAAAGCUUUCCUCAUCGGAAACAUGUCACAGUUUCUUCUUCUUCUUGGAGGGGUUUCAAAGAACUCAGCUUUAAUAUCUGAAGUUGUUGCUCCGCUGAUCAAAUUCUAGUUUUUGAGUUCCGAGAGAUCUGAAUUUCCCUGUUUUUCUUCAGCUGAAUCUGAGUUUAAGGAACACGAAUCGACAUGUAUUGUGAACUCUCGAAUCUCAGUUCAAAGAAGGCAAAGGAGUCAAACGGUGGCGAGAAAUGGAUAAAAAAGCCUCUCAUGUUCUUGAUUUUGUGUAUCUUGACAACCUCUGUGGCAAUUGUUCUUUUGAUGUUCUCGCGGAAGGAUGAGACAGCUUCUUGUAAUGGAGAAGCUAAAGUGUUGUACAUGAAUCAAAACGUCACAAGGAGUGAGAUUCAUGACUUGGUCUCUUUAUUCUCUGAUUCAGAUCAGGUAACAUCAUUUGAAUGUCGAAAGGAAUCUAGUCCUGGAAUGUGGGCGAACUAUGGUAUUACAUGUUCCCUCAAUAUGCGUUACGAGAUAAAAGAGACUGGGAGAUGCCAUGAAAGAUGCUUUAUUCCAGAUGGAGAGAUUCCUUGGAAUCUUAGUCCAUCAGGCUUAGGAGAAUCUAUUUCAUCAGCAGCUCGCGUCUGUGAUGAUCUUGAAGAGAGUUUACUGCAACGCAAAGAAACUGAAAACCAUGAAGGAGGGAUGGAUUGGGAUUUGCCAUCUUUCUUGAAAAACACAUGGUGGUGUAUAAUCCUUGGUAUACUGGUGUGCCAUAAGUUUUUUGCUGUUCAUCCUAAAACACCAAAUGAGAGAAAAGAAAAAGUGUAUCUGCAAGAGACUUUAGCUCAAAAGCAGCAGCAACAACGUGCUCAGACCGCUAUUAGAGGAGCUGGAAAAUGGAGGAUGAACAUACUUCUCCUCGGUGUUAUCGCUGGAGUUACCAUGUCCGUUUGGUGGUUCUGGGACACCAAUGAGAAGAUCAUUCUGAAAAGAAAGGAAACUUUAGAGAACAUGUGUGAUGAACGAGCCCGCGUGUUACAAGAUCAGUUCAAUGUUAGCCUGAACCAUGUCCAUGCCUUGUCUAUUCUUGUAUCCACUUUUCACCAUGGUAAAGCCCCAUCUGCCAUUGAUCAGAAAACUUUUGGUGAAUAUACUGAGAGAACAAACUUUGAGAGGCCUCUUACUAGUGGUGUUGCGUACGCUUUGAAAGUCCCACACUCCAAAAGAGAGCAAUUUGAAAAGGAGCAUGGGUGGAGAAUAAAGAAAAUGGAAACUGAGGACCAGACACUUGUCCAAGAUUGUGUUCCUGAAAACUUCGACCCAGCGCCUAUUCAAGACGAAUAUGCGCCAGUUAUAUUUGCUCAAGAAACUGUUUCCCAUAUUGUAUCUGUCGACAUGAUGUCUGGAGAAGAAGACCGCGAAAACAUAUUGCGGGCAAGGGCAUCAGGAAAAGGAGUAUUGACAUCUCCAUUUAAGCUUCUGAAGUCAAAUCAUCUUGGCGUCGUGUUGACCUUUGCUGUCUAUGACACGAACCUACCGCCUGAUGCUACAGAAGAACAGCGCGUUGAAGCAACUAUUGGGUACCUUGGUGCAUCAUAUGAUAUGCCAUCGCUGGUGGAGAAACUUCUUCACCAACUUGCAAGCAAACAGACAAUUGUGGUGGAUGUUUAUGACACAACUAACGCUUCUGGUCUAAUCAAAAUGUAUGGCUCAGAAAUUGGGGAUGUAAGUGAAGAGCACAUAAGUAGCCUUGAUUUUGGUGAUCCAUCAAGGAAUCAUGAGAUGCGCUGCAGGUUUAAGCAUAAACUUCCCAUUCCUUGGAUGGCGAUAAUAUCGUCGUCCUUAGUUCUGAUUAUUACUUUCCUGGUUGGUUAUAUCUUCCAUGACGCCAUAAGUCGAAUUGCGAUAGUUGAAGAGGACUGUCAGAAGAUGAGGGAACUUCAUGCUCGCGCUGAGGCUGCUGACAUUGCAAAGUCACAGUUUCUAGCAACUGUUUCUCAUGAGAUUCGGACUCCGAUGAAUGGUGUUCUAGGAAUGCUGAAAAUGCUGAUGGACACCGAUCUUGAUGUGAAACAAAUGGACUAUGCGCAAACUGCUCAUGGUAGUGGGAAAGAUCUUAUAUCACUAAUAAACGAGGUUCUUGAUCAGGCAAAGAUUGAAUCAGGAAAGCUCGAGCUUGAGAAUGUGUCUUUUGAUAUGCGUUUGGUUCUUGAUAAUGUUUCUUCUCUACUCUCUGGCAAAGCAAAUGAAAAAGGAAUUGAGUUGGCUGUUUACGUUUCUAGUCAAGUUCCUGAUGUUGUAGUUGGUGAUCCGAGUCGGUUCAGGCAGAUAAUUACUAACUUGGUGGGAAACUCAAUCAAGUUCACACAGGAAAAGGGACAUAUAUUUAUCUCAGUGCACCUUGCAGAUGAGGUAAAGGAGCCUCUUAAUAUCGAAGAUGCAGUUCUAAAACAGAGACUAGCUUUAGGAUGCAGUGAGUCUGGUGAGACGGUAAGCGGGUUUCCUGCUGUAAACGCAUGGGGAAGCUGGAAGAACUUCAAGACAUUUUACAGCAAUGAGAACCAUUACUCUGAUAGAAUCAAACUGCUAGUGACAGUGGAGGACACAGGAGUGGGCAUACCUCUGGAUGCGCAAGGCCGAAUUUUCACUCCGUUUAUGCAAGCAGACAGUUCCACAUCGCGGACUUAUGGUGGAACGGGCAUAGGUUUGAGCAUAAGCAAGCGUUUGGUUGAGCUCAUGGAAGGAGAGAUGGGGUUUGUGAGUGAGCCAGGGAUAGGCAGUACUUUCUCAUUUACUGGAGUUUUCGGGAAAGCAGAGACAAGUUCGUUGGUUACUAAGUUUGAGCGAUUCGAUCUAGCUAUUCAGGAGUUCAGAGGAUUGAAGGCAUUAGUUAUUGAUGACAGAAACAUUCGAGCUGAGGUUACAAGUUAUCAUCUUCGGAGAUUGGGAAUAUCUGCAGACAUUGUUUCCAGUCUGAGAAUUGCAUGUACCUGUGUCAGUAAAUUAGGAAAUUUAGGUAUGGUUCUAAUCGACAAAGACGCAUGGAACAAGAAAGACUUUGCAGUACUUGACGAGUUACUUACCUCUAGCAAAGAAACCUCUGCAAGACCACCAAAGAUUUUACUUUUGGCGACUUCUGCAACUCUUGUUGAGCGCAGUGAGAUGAAGUCUUCUGGUCUCAUCGACGAGGUGGUAAUAAAGCCCCUUCGGAUGAGUGUCUUGAUAUGUUGUCUGCAAGAAACCCUUGCCAAUGGCAAGAAGAGGCAACCGAUCAGAAAGCAAAUCAAUCUUGGACACUUACUCAGAGAAAAGCGGAUUCUAGUUGUGGACGAUAAUCUUGUGAACAGACGAGUUGCAGAAGGCGCACUUAAGAAAUAUGGAGCUAUUGUUACAUGUGUUGAGAGUGGCAAAGCUGCAUUAUCAAUGCUUAAACCGCCUCACGACUUCGAUGCUUGCUUCAUGGAUCUCCAGAUGCCUGAAAUGGACGGAUUUGAAGCAACUAGGAGAGUUCGUGAUCUGGAGAGAGAGAUGAACAAGAAAACAGCUUCUAAAGAAGUGUCUUCUGAAAUGUACAGUAGCUGGCAUGUCCCGAUAUUAGCAAUGACAGCUGAUGUGAUUCAGGCUACUAACGAAGAAUGUGUGAAAUGUGGGAUGGAUGGUUAUGUAUCAAAACCGUUUGAAGAGGAAGCUCUCUAUGCAGCUGUAGCAAGAUUCUUUGAAUCUGAGGCAGAGUCGGAACAAUGGUGCAUAGCUGAUGAACAAACGCCAGAAGAUGUGUUACAAGCAGCCUUAAACUGGGCUUGUGGACAAGGCGGAGCCGACUGCAGCAAAUUGCAGCAGCCAGACCAGCCUUGCUUUUUGCCCAACACAACCAAGGAUCACGCCUCUUUUGCCUUUAACAGUUAUUACCAAACUUAUAAGAACAAAGGUGGUUCUUGUUACUUCAGAGGUGCUGCCAUGAUCACUGAGCUUGACCCAAGUUAUGGUUCUUGCCUAUAUGAGUAUAAGCCAUGAUUGAAAUAAGACAGUAAAGACGAGAUGCAAGAAGAUGUGAAAAGCUAUGAUUUUGCAUUUAUAUAUUUUUAUUUAUUCACAAUGUAAUGAUUUCUUCCAUUUUAAUAUGCCCUUGAGACUGUUCUCCCAUUGAUUAAAAAUGUAAAAUGUCUCUCUUUCUUCAGAAGCCAAUGAAAGUUGCUUUCUACUGUGUACUGAUAUUUUCUAGGGUAUCAAAGUUACAUCAACUA